CAAUGGCCUGGUAUCGAGCGCGGUGUCAAACAAACAAACAAGCAACAUGGCGACUUCUGUGGAGAUUCCUUUGAGAGAUACAGACGAAGUUAUAGAACUGCAGUUUGAUCAGUUACCAGAAGGGGAGGAAGUAUUAAGUAUUCUGAAGCAGGAAAAUGCCCAACUAAAAAUAUGGAAUGUAUUAGCGAUUCAAUAUUUUAAAGAAGGGAGAACCAGAGAUUUUGUUCAGUUGUUAGAGACUGCAAAGACAGAAAGUAACAUCAACUACACAAAUAGUGAUCGAGAUAGGAUGAUUUGCCUGGAUACUUUGGCUGCCUAUUACGUUCAAGAAGCCAAGAAAGAGAAAAAUAAAGAAAGAAAGAAAGAAAUGUUCACAAAGGCGACACAACUGUUUACAAUGGCUGACAAGAUCAUUAUGUAUGACCAGAACCAUCUCUUGGGUCGUGCAUAUUUCUGUUUGCUGGAAGGAGACAAGAUCGAUCAAGCUGAUGCGCAAUUUAACUUCGUUCUUGCUCAGUCUGGAAACAAUAUUCCUGCAUUGUUGGGAAAAGCUUGUAUUUCAUUCAACAAGAAAGAUUAUAAAGGAGCAUUGGCAUAUUAUAAGAAAGCUCUCCGGACCAAUCCUAACUGUCCAGCCUCUGUUCGUCUUGGUAUGGGCCAUUGCUUUGCCAAACUUGGUAAAGAUGGAAAAGCAAAACUUGCAUUUGAGCGAGCGUUGCAACUUGAUCCAUAUUGUACUGGGGCUAUGGUUGGUCUUGCGAUUAUGGAGCUGAGCUCAAAAAAGCCCGAUGCGAUUAAAACUGGCGUACAGUUGCUCUCAAAAGCAUAUUCUAUUGACAACUCAAAUCCGAUGGUUUUAAAUCAUUUGUCAAAUCAUUUCUUUUUCAAAAAAGAUUACACAAAAGUUCAACAUUUAGCUUUGCACGCUUUUCAUGGUACUGAAGUUGAAGCUAUGCAAGCAGAAAGCUGUUACCAAAUGGCCAGAGCUUUCCAUGUGCAGAGUGAUUUUGAUCAAGCGUUCCAGUAUUACUAUCAAGCUACUCAGUUUGCUUCUCCAGGUUUUAUCCUGCCAUAUUUUGGUCUCGGACAAAUGUAUAUUGCUCGUGGGGACACCAAUAAUGCAGCUAUAUGUUUUGAGAAGGUGCUAAAAGCGAUGCCUGGAAAUUAUGAAACAAUGAAAAUUCUGGGAUCUCUGUACAGUAAUUCUGAAGAUAUGGAGAAGAAGGAGAUGGCCAAGAGUCAUUUGAAGAAAGUCACCGAACAAUACCCAGAUGAUGUGGAGGCUUGGAUCGAGUUGGCUGGUAUCCUCGAACAAACUGAUGUGCAAGCUGCGUUAUCAGCGUAUGGUACAGCAUCAAGAUUACUCAAAGAGAAAGUAGGAGCUGACGUACCUCCGGAAAUAUUAAAUAACGUUGGAGCUUUACAUUUUAGAUUGGGAAAUCUUAAUGAAGCAAAGAAAUUUUACGAAGCGUCGUUAAAUCGCGCCCAAACAGAAGGCGAACAUGAUGAGAGUUAUUACAACGCUAUAUCAGUGACAACAAACUACAAUUUAGCAAGAUUACAUGAAGCUACUUCAGAAUUUGAUCUUGCUGAUAAACUAUAUAAAAAUAUUCUCAGGGAACACCCAAAUUAUGUUGACUGUUAUCUUCGCCUGGGUUGUAUGGCGCGUGAUCGAGGUCAGAUUUACGAAGCUUCAGAUUGGUAUAAAGAAGCAUUACAAAUUAAUCAGGAUCAUCCAGACGCAUGGUCAUUAAUUGGCAAUCUUCAUCUCGCUAAACAAGAGUGGGGACCAGGACAAAAGAAGUUUGAAAGAAUUUUGAAACAACCAUCCACAGCAAAUGAUUCUUAUUCAUUGCUUGCUUUGGGUAACGUUUGGCUGCAAACCCUUCACCAACCAACGAAAGAUAAAUCAAAAGAAAAGCGACAUCAAGACAGAGCACUCGCGUUAUAUAAACAAGUGCUAAGACAAGAUUCAAGAAAUCUUUAUGCUGCCAACGGUAUAGGUUGUAUUUUAGCUCAUAAAGGGUUCCAAAGAGAAGCACGGGAUAUCUUUUCUCAGGUUCGGGAAGCGACAGCAGACGUUGCCGAUGUGUGGUUAAAUCUUGCACACAGUUAUGUGGAGCAGAAACAAUAUGUUGCUGCCAUACAAAUGUAUGAAAAUUGUCUAAAGAAGUUCUUUCGUCAUCACAAUGUCGAAGUUUUGUUGUAUUUGGCAAGAGCGUACUAUUUAAGUGGGAAACUCAAGGAAUGUCGUCAUAUUUUAAUUAAGGCUCGCCAUAUUGCUCCGAACGACACAAUACUUCUAUUUAAUGCUUCACUUGUACAGCAGAAAUUAGCAACAUUAAUUCUCAAGGCAGAAAAAAGUCAACUUAAAGUUGUCUUAUCUGCUGUUGGAGAACUAGAAAACGCUCAGAGAAAUUUCCAGUGGUUGAGUCACCAUGGUGAUCGUAUGAAAUAUGAUCUGGCGUGGGCUCAAUCCGAGGCUAGACAAUGUCAAGACUUGCUCAGUCAGGCUCAAUAUCACGUUAGUCGAGCGAGAAAGAUAGAUGAACAAGAACAAGAAAUGAGAAGAAAGCAAGAAGAAGAGAAAGAGCUUUUACGCAAAAAGAAGGAGGAAGACGAGCGUCUUAAGAAAGAGGAAAAUGAAAAACAACAAAAAGUUAUGCUUGAAAAGAGAGCUACCUUCAGAGAAGCUACGAAGAGCUUGUUGGUUUUUACACAAGAACAUAUAGAAGUCAAAGAAAAGAAAACGAAAAAAAAGAGAGGAAGAGAUACUGGUGAAAUUUACUCCAGCGGGAGCGGAAGUGAAGUUGAGGACCAUGAAAGAGCAAAGAAGGAGCCUAAGAAAAAGAAAAAGAAACGAGCUGAUGGUGAACUUGGAGAAAAGAAAGCGCGACGUCCUGCACAGCGUAAGAGGAAAAAUGUUGAUCCAGAGGACGCACAUCUAUCUGCCAAACGACGUCGUAAGAUCAAGUCAAAAGCAAUAAUCACUUCAUCUGAUGAAGAUUCAGAUUCCGAUGUCGAUAAAUUGAAAAUAUCUGAAGAUAUUGAACGUGAUGAAAAGUCAGACAGCGAGAAAGGUUCGACUGGGGACAGUGCUCAAAGUAGCGGAGAAGAACGAGAUGAUUCGAAUGAAAAUCAAAAAGAAAAAGGUGACAGUGAUUCUGGCAAUGAGAACGUUGGAAAAAGCAAUUGGGAAUCCGGGGAUGAAAAAGUGGAGGAAUCAAAAGAUGAGCUUGAGGAAAAUGAUGAAGAAUUUAGGGAUGAGAGAAGCGAUCAGGAAUCUGGAGAUGAGAAUGUGAGGAGUGAUAAUGAGUCCGGAGAUGACAAUGAAAAUGCGGAGAAAAGUGAUAAGGAUUCGGAUGAAGAAGACACAGAAACAAAGGAACAGGAAUCGCAUGGUGAAAAAAAUCAAGAGAAAAUGGAAGAAUCAGAAACUGAGAGGAUGGAGGAAAAUGCAGAAAGUGAGGAAGAUUCGGAUGAGAAACAAAAUAAACACGGUAGUUAUUCAGAAGAUGAGACUACAAGCAGGAAGAAAGAGUUAUCAAGUGAUGAAGAAAAUGAAGUUCCAGCGCAAAAGAAAAAAUCAAAGCAUCUUGCGAGUUCAUCCGAAUCGGAUGAGGAAUAAGUCCGCAAACUCCUGUAGUUUUUGAAGAACUAGGCGCGCAAAAUUAGUGAAUCUCAAGAUAUAACGAGCGAUCUCUUUCACGACACGAGUAAAUAAAUAUAUCAUUGUUUACUUUACCAUCAAUAGUUCAACACAUAUGAAUAUAUAAUUGCCAUUGACUGCUAAUAUUGUGGCAACCCACGUUAAUGCAGCCUUUUCAGACCAGGCAGUUUACAUGAAUAAUAGCCUAAAAGUUGAAAUACGACAGUAAGUUGAAUCACUGAAUGUAUUAUGUUUAGUUUUAAAAUUAAAGCGUUGCUAUUCCUGAAAUUCUUGAAGUAUAUUGAAUACAAAACAUCAAUAAAGAUUUCUCAGAACA